GCCAGGUCACUAUGUACUAGUUCCACAUGUUAAACGUGAUGCAAUAAAUUUGUGAAAGGAUUCUAGAUUUUCGUGUUAAAAAUCACCUAGAAAUGAUCUCGAGAUCGGGUUUAAGUAAGCUGAGAUCAGGGCUGUAUCCACCAGAGUGCCUGUUAUUCAAUAAUAUAGUAGGAUCGUCUCGUAUAUUGGUUUCUGGUACGCGGUUUACAUCAGCUGCUACCGAGAGUGAUUCUACCAAUACUGAUGUGAAUCCUUCCAAAACUAGCGAGGCAGUUAAUGCUUCUGAAUUGGAAUCCAAGCUGCUGGAAAAAGAUAAAAUAAUCGAGGAAAAAGACAAACUUCUUAAAGAAAUUCAAGAUAAAUAUAAACGGUCAUUAGCAGAGAAUGAAAAUGUCCUGCAACGUGGACGCAAGAUGACAGAGGAAGCAAAAUUGUUUGGAAUUCAGCGUUUUUCAAAGGACUUGCUAGAAGUUGCAGAUGUUCUAGAAAAAGCUACAGAAAGUGUUCCCAAAGAAGAAUUAGAGAAGAAUAUUCACCUUAAAAACUUAUUUGAGGGACUCACUCUUACUGAUCUACAGUUAAAAAAGGUCUUUUCUAAGAAUGGUCUGGAAAAAGUUGAUCCUGUUGGAGAGAAAUUUGACCCACAUUUGCACGAAGCUGUGUUCCAACUGGAUGUACCGGACAAGGAAGAAGGCACUGUUGCAUUGGUGCAAACAAUUGGUUACAAAUUGAAUGGUAGAACUCUCCGACCUGCUCUUGUUGGGGUUGUUAAGAGAAAAAGUUAAUGACAACCUCUGUUUGAACUCACUAUAGUCUUGUCGAGGUUCCUAGUUUUUUCCUGGCCAUAAUAGCAUUUCUCAUAUAUCAUCCCUUGUCAUUUAAAGAUCAAGCACUAGAAGUAAUAUAAUAUUUACUUUUAUUUGAUAUACAUAUGUUCUCCCCUCUUUAUUCAGUGUCUGAAACCCCAAGUCUCAAAAGAGUAAGCAUGCAAAAAUAAAAUAAAAAAAGCUACUUCG